UUUUUUUCAUUUAAAUUUUGCCACAUUGUUAUUAGGUCCGACUGCACAAAAGGCUUCCAACCGAAUUUUUUUCAACAAAAAGAAAAAAAUUGUAAGAAUUAUGUUAGGUAAAAAAAAAAAAAUGAAUUCAUCAUAAUUUAGUCCUACGUACUAAUAAAACGCACUGUCUAGCGGCGUAUCGAAGUCGCCGGAGUAAUCGUCGAACGUCCGCCUCCUCCGCUGCGAGCUUUGUAAUGAUCGGUCUCUCCCGCAACCUCUCCACAGUCGCCAAGCAUAGCUAUAUUCGGAGCCUCCAAACACCAGCGACGCCUAAUUUCAUUCCCUUUUCUCAGUUACAACAGCAGCGGAAGCUUUUAGAAUGGCGACUCAUAAGUAUUCUUCACGACUGCACGGUCUUUUCUCAAAUCAAGCAAGUUCAUGGCCAUAUCGUCAGCAACGGAUUGAGCCAAUGCUCUUACGUCCUCGCCAAACUUAUCCGCAUGCUCACGAGGAUAGAUGUCCCGAUGGAUUCCUAUCCAUGUCUGGUUUUUGGACAGGUUAAUUACCCCAACCCCUUUCUUUGGACUGCCAUGAUUCGUGGGUAUGCGCUUCAAGGACCCUUGUCUGAAUCUAUUAACAUGUAUACUAGAAUGAGGAGGGAUGGCGUCAGUCCUGUUUCGUUUACGUUUUCGGCGCUUUUCAAGGCUUGUGGGGCUGCUCUUAAUCUGGAUUUGGGUAAACAGGUGCAUGCCCAGACGAUUUUGAUUGGGGGAUUUGCUUCUGAUUUGUAUGUUGGAAAUACGAUGCUUGAUAUGUAUGUGAAAUGCGGGUUAUUGGGGUGUGGGCGGAAGGUGUUUGAUGAAAUGUCCGAGAGAGAUGUGAUUUCUUGGACUCAGUUGAUUGUUGCGUAUGCGAAGUUUGGGGAUAUGGAAUCUGCUAGUGACCUAUUUGAUGGAUUUCCUUUGAAGGAUAUGGUGGCAUGGACCGCAAUGGUCACUGGUUAUGCCCAAAAUGCUAAACCAAAAGAGGCAUUGGAGUAUUUUCAGAAAAUGCAGGAUGUAGGUAUGGAGACCGAUGAAGUUACAUUGGUUGGUGUCAUCUCGGCCUGUGCACAGUUGGGUGCAGUUAAAUAUGCUAACUGGAUUAGAGACAUUGCUGAAAGAUCAGGUUUUGGACCUUCUGAAAGUGUAGUUGUUGGAUCUGCUCUUAUUGAUAUGUACUCGAAAUGUGGCAGUCCUGAUGAGGCGUAUAAGGUUUUUGAAGGAAUGAAGGAAAGAAAUGUGUUCUCUUAUACUUCAAUGAUUGUGGGAUAUGCAAUGCACGGUCGUGGUCCUUCAGCAUUGCAGUUGUUCCAUGAGAUGUUAAAGACAGAAAUCAGGCCGAAUGAGGUUACUUUUAUUGGGGUGCUUUCAGCCUGCAGCCAUGCUGGUUUGGUUGAACAAGGUCGGCAGUUAUUCGCUAGGAUGGAGAAGUUUUUUUGUGUUGCUCCAUCACCUGAUCAUUAUGCAUGUAUGGUAGAUCUCCUUGGCCGAGCUGGAUGUUUGGACGAAGCGCUUGAGCUCAUUGAAACCAUGCCAAUGGAACCCCAUGCAGGUGUAUGGGGGGCACUGCUUGGAGCUUGCCGCAUCCAUGGGAAUCCUGGCAUUGCUCAGAUAGCUGCAAACCAACUAUUCGAGCUCGAACCAGAUGGUAUAGGGAACUACAUUCUGCUAUCAAACAUAUGUGCAUCAGCUGGAAGGUGGGAAGAAGUGUCGAAAUUGAGGAAAGUGAUUAGAGAAAAAGGCUCAAAGAAGACUCCUGGCUGCAGCUGGUUUGAAGGAAAGAAGGGGGAAAUUGACGAGUUCUUUGCUGGUGAUACAACCCAUCCACGAUCAAGUGAGAUUACACAAGCCUUGAAGCAACUUCUUAAAAGAUUAAGAGCCCAUGGAUACAAACCAAACUUGAGCUCUGUGCCUUAUGAUUUGAGUGAUGAUGAAAAGGAACGAAUACUGAUGGGUCAUAGUGAAAAGCUUGCAUUGGCAUAUGCAUUGCUAUGUACUGAUGCUGGUGAUACCAUUAAGAUCAUGAAAAACCUUAGGAUAUGCGAGGAUUGCCACUAUGUGAUGUGUGCUGCAUCUGAGGUCACUGGAAGGGAGAUCAUUAUAAGGGAUAAUAUGAGAUUUCAUCACUUCCACAACGGGACUUGUUCUUGUGGUAACUUUUGGUGAUCCUGUUUUCUCAUUGACAGUCUCCUCAUUCUCAGCUGAUUUUCCUUGGUGGAAGAAAACCAUAGUAGAGGACCACUCUGCCUUAUGCACUGUUGUGAAGUAUGAACAACAAAUGAUGAAGAAACCAUGAUUCUGAAAUAACGAAAAUAGAAGCUCCGGCAAUCUAACGCCCAUCGUAGUGCAUUGUGAAUUAUAAUCUAACCGCUCCGGCAAUCUUUGAUUCAUGGCGGUCUGGAUAUUUUUUACUCAGUAACGGGACAUCCAAGAACGGACGAAAGGCUAAAGGCUUAAAAGUGGACCAUCCAGCUAUAUUUUAUUACGUUUCUUUGUGUUCCUUCAUGCUUUUAUUAACACAAAAUCUGUGUUUAGCAUUCUUGUUUUUGUUACACCAUGUAGAUCAGCCUAAUUUCAUUAAUAGGAAAGAAAUCAAUUUAGUUGAACGGGCCAAUUUAGCCUGCCAA